ACACACACACACCUGCGGGAGGAGCUGCGCAGCGGAGCGGAGCGCUGUGGGGCGUGAGACCGGCUUCGCUCACACUCAACUUGGGCAUCAUCACCAUCAGCGCCCGCGGAUAACGGAUCUGCUCGGGACUACAUCCAGCCACGAUGUCCGACUUUAUUUUGGCAUUUCUUACUAUGUCGGGAUUAAUUCUGCUGGUUAAAACGCUGACAGUGGCCGGGACUGAGGAAGUGUGUGAUAUGGAGGAGUUUCUGUGUGCUGACGGCCUCAACUGUGUGUCUGAGAGCUGGCUGUGUGACGGAGAGAUCGACUGUCCUGACGCUUCAGACGAAGCACCAGCCAUCUGUUUGCGGCAGGUAAAAGUUCGAUGUCCUGUUAAUCACAUCCAGUGUCUCGGGACCCGCAGAUGUGUUCAUUUCAGUAAACUCUGCGAUGGAGUUCGAGACUGUGAGGACGGAUACGACGAGGGUGUUCACUGCCGCGUCAGGACUCAUGCGUGCAGCCCUGACCCACAUGGACGAAAGGGUGGAUGCUCUCAUAUCUGUCUCCUGAGCCACAACUACAAAUCACGUGUGUGCCGCUGCCGGACCGGCCACGUCCUUGCCAGCGACGGAAAGUCCUGCAAAAAACCAAAGAACGAGCUGUUCCUGUUUUACGGAAAAGGACGACCUGGGGUUAUUCGAGGUCUGGAUAUGAAUAUCAAGUCGGGCGAUGAACAUUUGAUUCAAAUCGAAGGACUCGUGAGUCCCCGAGCGCUGGAUUUUCAUGCGGAAAGUGGCUACGUAUAUUUUGCCGACACCACAAGCUUCCUAAUCGGACGGCAGAAGAUUGACGGAACUGCGCGGGAAACAAUCCUUAAGGAGGAGCUGGAUAAUGUCGAGGGUAUGUCGGUGGACUGGAUUGGUAAUAACUUGUACUGGACAAAUGACGGUUAUAGAAAAACCAUCAACGUGGCUGGGCUGGACAGGCCCUCUCAGACCAGGAGAACGCUUUUAGAAGGCAAUAUGUCUCAUCCCAGGGCCAUUGUUGUGGAUCCUCUAAAUGGGUGGAUGUAUUGGACGGACUGGGAGGAGGAUGAGUUGAUUGACAGCAGAGGACGUAUAGAAAAAGCUUGGAUGGAUGGAUCUCACCGUCAGAUCUUCGUCACAUCCAACAUGCUGUGGCCCAAUGGCCUCACCCUUGACCACUCGUCUAACGUCAUGUACUGGUGCGACGCCUACUAUGACCACAUCGAGAAAAUCUACCUCAACGGCAGCCACAGAACGGUGGUCUACAGCGGGAAAGAGUUGAACCAUCCAUUUGGGAUUGCGCACUACCAAAACUACAUAUUCUGGACCGAUUACAUGAACGCCUCGAUAUUCCGUCUGGAUUUGUUAUCCGAUGAUGUUUCACUACUGCGGGCAGAAAGACCACCUCUCUUUGGGAUUCAGGUGUAUGACCCUCAGAGCCAGAAAGGUAAUAACCAGUGUUCAGUGAAUCACGGCGGCUGCAGUCCAUCAGCUUUAUGCCUCACAACGCCUGCAGGACGGGUUUGCGCAUGCGCAGAUGGACAACAUCAGGAGAAGGAUAACAUUACCUGUUCAUCCCCAUCAGAGGUCACUAAGAUGAAACGCUGCGGCCCAGCAGAAUUCCAAUGCCAGAACCAGCGCUGCGUUCAGCUCUCGUGGAAGUGUGAUGGGGACGAUGACUGUUCAGACGGCAGUGAUGAAGAUCCACUCCUCUGCUCCAAUCGCAGCUGCCCAGCGGACCAAUUUAAGUGCUUGAACAACCGCUGUAUCCCAAAGAGAUGGCUGUGCGACGGCACCGAUGACUGUGGCAGCAACGAGGAUGAGUCCAACCGCACCUGCUCAGCCCAAACCUGCCAGCCGGGCCAGUUUCCCUGCGCCAACGGACGCUGCAUCCCAGAGAACUGGCGCUGUGACCGUGAUGACGACUGCGGGGAUCAGUCGGAUGAGUCUUCAUCAUGCGAUUUCCCCACUUGUGAGCCGCUGACACAGUUUGGCUGUACUAAUGGGAAAUGCAUCAGUGUGAAAUGGCACUGCGAUUCCGAGGAUGACUGUGGGGACGGUAGUGAUGAGGUGGGUUGUGUUCAUGCCUGUUCAGUGGCUCAGUUUCAGUGCUCAAGCGGGAAGUGCAUCCCUGAACACUGGAUGUGUGAUGGGGACAAUGACUGCGGUGAUCUCAGCGACGAGAAUGCUACAUGCUCCAGGACAGCGAUUUCUGCAAUUAACGACUGCAGCGAGAAGGAGUUUCACUGUCGUGGUGAUGGCACCUGCGUUCCCGAAGUUUGGCGCUGUGAUGGAGACAAAGACUGUGAAGACGGUAGUGAUGAAUUCGCCUGUGAGGGAGCCAAGAGAAUGUGUGACCCCAAGGCGAAGUUUACCUGCAAGGUCUCAGGGAAGUGUGUUAGUAAGGACUGGGUGUGUGACGGAGAUAUCGACUGCGAGGACCAAUCGGAUGAGGAGGGCUGUGAAGUGUCCGUCUGUAAACCUCCUAAAUUCCCCUGUGCCAAUGACACUUCAGUGUGUCUCCCUCCCGAGCGCAUCUGUAACGGCUGGAGAGACUGUGCCGAUCACUCGGAUGAAGGACCCUACUGUGAUGAGUGUUCGAUACGAAAGGGCGGCUGUAGCCAUGAGUGCUCGGUGGCUCCUGGUAAAGGGGUCGUAUGUUCCUGUCCUGCCGGGUUCCAGUUGGGCUCGGACGCUCAGACCUGCGAGGUUCUGGAUUACUGUUCAAAGCACCUACGUUGCAGCCAAGUAUGCGAACAGCAUAAAAAUACUGUGAAAUGCUCCUGCUAUCCAGGCUGGAGUCUCGGAUCUGAUGGAGACAGCUGCUACAGCACAGAUCCUUUUGAGGCGUUCAUAAUUUUUUCUAUCAGACAUGAAAUACGCCGCAUAAAUCUGCAAAAAGGCGACUACAGCCUGUUAGUCCCCGGGCUCAGAAACACCAUCGCUUUGGAUUUUCAUUUCAGCCAAAGCUUGUUGUAUUGGACCGACGUCGUAGAGGACAAAAUUUAUCGCGGGAAGCUGUCGGAAGGAGGCGGUGUUUCGGCAAUUGAAGUGGUGGUCCAGCAUGGUCUAGCCACUCCAGAAGGCCUCGCUGUUGAUUGGAUAGCUGGAAAUCUCUACUGGAUUGACAGUAACCUAGACCAGAUCGAAGUAUCUAAGCUAAAUGGCGAAUUACGAACCACCCUAAUCGCAGGGGGAAUGGAACACCCCCGAGCCAUCGCUGUGGAUCCCGGCCAAGGUGCCUUGUUCUGGACCGACUGGGAUGCCACUUUUCCUCGGAUCGAGGGGGCUUCCAUGAGUGGGAAACAGCGCCAUGUGGUUUUCAAGGACAUGGACACCGGCGCCUGGCCGAAUGGACUCACCUUGGACCACAUGGAGAGCAGGAUAAUCUGGACGGAUGCCCGAUCUGACGCUAUAUACUCUGCUCUAUAUGAUGGCACAGGGGUGAUUGAGAUUCUCAGAGGCCACGAGUUCCUCUCUCACCCCUUCGCAGUGUCUCUUUUCGGAGGAAAUGUCUACUGGACCGACUGGAGGACCAACACGUUGACUAAAGCCAACAAAUGGACCGGAGCCAAUGUGACGGUCAUCCAAAAAACCAGCGCUCAGCCCUUCGACCUGGAGAUUUACCACCCUAGCCGGCAACCACAGACGGUGAGCCCGUGUGCUGGUAAUGGAGGCCGGGGUCACUGUUCUCACCUCUGUCUGCUCAAUUAUAAUGGCUCUGCUUCCUGCUCCUGUCCGCAUCUCAUGAAGCUCUCAGCCAAUAACAGCACAUGUCAAGGAGUGAAGAGGUUUCUCUUGUACGCUCGCAGAUCUGAGAUUCGCGGUGUGGACAUUGAUAACCCGUAUUUGAACGUGAUCAUGGCUCUGACCGUUCCUGAUAUCGAUGACGUGACGUCGAUGGAUUACGAUGCCAUGGAGGAGAGGAUUUACUGGGCUGAUGUGAAGAGCAGAACUAUAAAACGAGCGUUUAUUAACGGAACCCAACUGCAGACCGUCUUGUCUGGAGAUCUCUCCAGUGUGCGAGGUCUGGCUAUCGACUGGUUGUCCAGAAACAUGUACUGGAUGAGCUCAGACAACGACGAGACUCACAUUAAUGUCGCCCGUCUUGACGGAUCUCUGAAAACCACCGUUGUUCACGGAAUGGACAAACCCAAGAGUCUCGUCCUGCAUCCAUCCAAAGGGAAGAUGUUCUGGAUGGAUGGCGGGACGAUAAAUAUGGCCAAUAUGGAUGGAAGCAACAUCAAGAUUUUGCACCAGAACCAGAAAGAGCCUGUUGGCUUGUCGAUUGACUACUCAUCCAACAAGUUGUACUGGAUCAGUUCCGGAAACGGGACCAUAAACAGGUGUAAUUUGGAUGGGAGUGGCCUGGAUGUGAUUGACAGCAUGAAAAGCGAGCUCCGGAAAGCCACGGCAUUAGCAGUGAUGGGUGGUAAACUGUGGUGGGCAGAUGAUGUUCUCGCUCAGCUGGGCACAGUUAACAAGAGGGAUGGAAAAAACCUGACGGUUCUCCGAAACAAGACCACAGGCCUCGUCCACAUCAAAGUCUAUGACAAAGACACUCAGAAAGGUCGCAAUCCUUGUGUCCUGAAUAAUGGCGGGUGUUCGCAAAUAUGCCUUCCGACUUCUGAAAUCACUCGAACUUGUUCUUGUACUACGGGAUACAAUCUGCGUCAGGACAGGUCGACUUGUGAAGGUCUUCAGUCGUUCCUGAUGUACUCCGUUAAUGAAGGUAUACGAGGACUGUCUCUCGAUCCCAGCGAUAACUCUGAAGUUUUGACGCCGCUAUCUGGCACUUUAUUUGCUGUGGGUCUGGACUAUCAUGCCAAAAACGACACCUUAUACUGGACAGACAUGGGCUCCAACAAAAUCUCUAGGUCCAGUCGAGAUCAGACCUGGAGAGAAGACAUCAUCACAAGUGGUCUUGGGCGUGUUGAAGGACUUGCGGUGGACUGGAUUGCUGGUAAUAUUUACUGGGCGGACCAUGGCUUAAAUCUCAUUGAGGUUGCGCGAUUGAAUGGUAUGUACCGUGCAGUGGUCAUAUCGGAAGAACUCGAUCAACCUAGAGCCAUUGCUGUACACCCAGUGAAGGGGUUUCUUUUCUGGACAGAGUGGGGCCAAAGUCCUACCAUCUCCAGGUCACGUCUUGAUGGUUCAGAGCAAUCUGUGCUUGUUAGCACCGGACUGGCACGGCCUAACGGCGUCUCCAUAGACUACCAGGAAAAUAAAUUAUACUGGUGCGAUGCCCGCAAUAACAAGAUCGAAAGAAUCAACCUUGAGCGGGGUGAACAGAGGGAGAUUGUGUUCUCAUCGAGUGGGGUGGAUAUGUUUUCCAUAGCAGUCUUCGGAGCUUACCUCUUCUGGUCUGACAGAGCCUACGCCAACGGAUCCAUCCGCCGUGCUUCCAAAAAAGAUGCUGUGGAUGUAGUGACCAUCAGGAGUGGCUUGGGUGUCAGCCUGAAAGAUGUGAAGGUCUUUAACCAGGAUCGGGAGAAAGGUACGAACGCUUGCAGCAAAUCAAACGGAGGAUGCCAGCAACUUUUUUACUUGGGGAAUAACCGGAAAACAUGCGCAUGUGCUCAUGGAUAUCUUGCUCAGGAUGGACUCAGGUGUAAUCGGUACGAGGGUUACCUGCUUUACUCUGAGAGGACCGUCUUGAGGAGUAUUCAUCUAUCGGACGAGAAUGACCUCAACUCGCCUAUUAGGGCAUACGAGAACCCGGUUUAUUUUAAAAACAUCAUAGCUUUGGCCUUUGAUCAUCGACAGAUCGCACAUGGAAUCAAUCGGAUUUUCUUUAGCGAUGUUCAUUAUGGGAAUAUUCAAGUCAUCAAUGACGACUGGACUGGAAGGCGCAUCAUUGCCGAGAAUGUUGGUUCUGUGGAGGGACUGGCAUAUCACCGUGGUUGGGACGUCCUGUACUGGACAAGUUCCACCACUGCCUCCAUCACCCGUCACCACAUUGACCAGAGCAGAGCAAACGCCUUCAACAGAGACACAGUGGUAUCGAUGUCUGAGGAAGACCAUCCACACGUCCUUACUCUCGACGAAUGCCAAAACUUGAUGUUUUGGACGAACUGGAACGAGCAGCAUCCGAGCAUUAUGAGGUCUACUUUAACAGGCCGGAACAUCCGAAUCAUUGUUAGCACGGACGUCAUCACUCCUAAUGGCCUCACCAUCGACCACAAAGCCGAAAAGCUGUACUUCUCUGACGGCAGUCUGGGCCACAUCGAGAGGUGUGAUUUCGACGGCUCGCACAGAUAUGUCAUUGUGAAAUCAGGACCUGGAACGUUCUUUGGCUUGGCAAUUUACAGAGACUUCAUCUUCUGGUCCGACUGGACGCGGCGUGCUGUGAUCCGCUCUGAUAAGUUCACCGGAGCUAAUACGAAAGUACUCCGCACGGACAUCCCGCAUCAGCCAAUGGGAAUCAUCGCAGUUUCCAACGACACCAACAGCUGUGAGGCGUCCCCCUGCAGCGUAAAUAACGGAGGGUGUCAUGACCUCUGCCUUUUGACCCCGCUUGGUGUGGUAAACUGUUCUUGCCGUGGGGAACGGAUAUUGCUGGAUGAUAACAGAUGUGUAUCCCCGAACUCCUCCUGUAACAUCCACUCACAGUUCCAGUGCGGAAACGGCGAAUGCAUCGAUUACCAGCUGACAUGUGACGGCAUUGCGCACUGCAAAGACAGGUCUGAUGAGAAGAUGCAGUACUGCGAAAACCGGAACUGCAGACACGGCUUUAAAUCCUGUUAUAACCAACGCUGUGUGUCCAACCAACGCUUCUGUAAUGGUGUGAAUGAUUGCGGGGAUAACUCAGAUGAAGUUUACUGUAACAACUCGUCAUGUUUGUCUUCAGAGCGCCGCUGUGCCGAUGGCUCCUGUAUUCCCACAUCAUCCUGGUGUAAUCAGAUCAUAGAUUGCGCUGACGCAUCGGACGAGAAAAUCUGUAAUAACACAGACUGCAUGGGAUACUACAGGCUGGGAGCUCGCGCCAGCAACACUGAGCGCUUCCUGAGCUGCAAUUCCACGUCGCUGUGUGUUCAUCCCUCCUGGAUCUGUGACGGAGCCAAUGACUGCGGGGAUUACGCAGAUGAAACACACUGCCACGCUUCUGCAGUCCAUACGUGUGAAGAUGGCCAUUUUGCAUGUCCCAGUGGAAACUGUAUCUCCAGCGUCUGGUUGUGCGAUGGACAAAAAGACUGUGAGGACGGAGCUGAUGAGUUUCAGUGUGAUUCGUCAUGUCUCUGGAAUCAGUUCGCCUGCUCCAAGAACAAGUGCAUCUCCAAACAAUGGCUGUGUGACGGUGAAGACGACUGCGGCGACGGACUGGACGAAAGCCAGGAAAUCUGCGGUUCUGCAUCGUGUUCUCCAGGUUUGUUCAGUUGCCCGGGAUCGUACGCAUGUGUGUCGAGAAACUGGUUGUGUGACGGAGAGAGAGACUGUCCUGACGGCAGUGAUGAACUAGCUCUCGCUGGAUGUGCUCCUAACAACACGUGUACUGACAGCACGUUCCAGUGCCGAAACCAGAACUGCAUCCCUCGCCGGUUCGUCUGCGAUCAUGAUGACGACUGCGGAGACGCUUCAGACGAGUCUCUGGAAUGCGAGUACCGUUUAUGCAAAGAGGAGGAGUUUCGCUGUGCAGAUGGGCGGUGUUUGCUGAGAGCCCAAUGGGAAUGUGAUGGUUUCCCUGACUGUCUGGACCAAUCAGAUGAGCUGCCACUCAACCCAAAGUGCUCCGCUGCAGAAAGUUUGUGCAAUGGUUCGGUUUUCAUGUGUGCAAACGGCCGCUGCGUUCCGCUGGGGAGCGUGUGUAACCAGCACGACGACUGUGGGGACCGAUCGGAUGAGAGGAACUGCCAUGUUAAUGAGUGUUUAAACCGGAAAGUCAGCGGCUGCACCCAGGACUGUCAAGACCUACCCGUGGGAUACAAGUGUUCCUGCUGGCCAGGCUUCCGUCUGAAACAUGACGGCAGGACGUGCAUCGACGUGGACGAGUGUUCCGAGCAGUUUCCCUGCAGUCAGCAGUGUGUCAACACGUACGGCUCAUUUCAAUGUCUGUGUGCCGACGGUUACCAGCGGCCCGCCAGCAACACCCACAGCUGCAGGUCUCUCUCAGCGGAGCAGCCUUUUCUUAUCCUUGCCGACCAUCAUGAAAUCAGAAAGAUCAGUCUGGAUGGAUCAAACUACACUCUUUUGAAGCAGGGACUCAGUAAUGUCAUCUCUCUAGACUUUGACUCCAGGAAGGAGUUGAUCUAUUGGAUUGACACUAGCAGACCCAGCGGACGCAGAAUCAACAGAAUGCGCCUCAACGGAAGCGACCUCAAGGUGGUUCACAGGACGUCGGUCCCCAGUGCUCUCGUGGUCGACUGGAUCGGCAAGAACUUGUAUUGGUGUGACGGCGAGAGAAAGACCCUCGAGGUGGCGAAAGCUAAUGGACUCUACCCUACUGUACUGCUGAGGACUGGAUUGAGAAAUCCAACUGCUCUGGCUCUCGACACUCUGACAGGGUAUGUGUUCUGGAUCGACUGUUGUGAACAGCCCCAAAUUGGACGGAUCGGGAUGGACGGCAGCAAGUCACGCGUCAUAAUCGAUACAGAAAUACGCUCCCCUUCAGCUUUGACCAUUGACCACGUCAACAAAAGGAUCUACUGGGCUGACGAGAACCAUAUCUUAUUUGCCAAUAUAGAUGGUACCAAACGACACAAGGUCCCCAUACAAGAUAUAGGUGGAGUUACCGGUCUCACAUUAUUUGAGGACUUCAUCUACUGGAGUGACCAGAAGUCCAAAACCCUCAGUCGCUCUCACAAGACCUCCGGCGGGCAACAAACCGAGCUCCUCAGCUCCUGGCAAACCAUUCGAGACAUUCAAGUCUACCAUCCGCUCCGACAGCCUGACGUGCCUAAACAUCAGUGCCAGGUGACUAAUGGAGGGUGCAGUCACCUCUGCCUACUUUCCCCUGGAGGGGGAUACAAGUGCGCUUGCCCUACGCACUUCUACCUGGCAAACGACAACAAAACCUGUCUGUCUAACUGCACUGCCAGCCAGUUCCGCUGUGGUACGGAUGAGUGCAUUCCCUUCUGGUGGAAAUGUGACACCGUGGACGACUGUGGAGAUGGAUCUGACGAGCCGGCAGAUUGCCCGGAGUUUAAAUGUCAGCCUGGCAGAUUUCAGUGCGGGACAGGUCUGUGUGCUCUUCCUCCCUUCAUCUGCGAUGGAGAGAACGACUGCGGAGACAACUCGGAUGAAGCCAACUGUGACUCAUAUAUCUGCCUGUCGGGUCAGUUUAAGUGCACACACCGGCAGAAGUGCAUCCCUAUAAACCUGCGCUGUAAUGGACAAGAUGACUGCGGUGACGGGGAAGAUGAAACCGACUGCCCUGAAAACACGUGCUCUCCAUCCCAGUUCCAAUGCAAGUCCACAAUGCACUGCAUCUCCAAGCUGUGGGUUUGCGAUGAAGAUCCCGACUGCGCCGACGGCUCCGACGAGGCCAACUGCGAUGAAAAGACAUGUGGACCCCAUGAAUUCCGCUGCAAGGACAACAACUGCAUCCCAGACCACUGGAGGUGUGAUGGACAGAGCGACUGCAGCGACAACUCAGAUGAGGAGAACUGCAAGCCAGUAACAUGCAACUCCAAAAACUUCAUCUGCGCCAACGGAGAGUGCAUUUCCUCACGUUUCCGGUGCGACGGCGACUUCGACUGCACCGAUAACUCAGACGAGAGGGGCUGUGAAAGCCACUGCUCCGAGGAUCAGUUCCAGUGUCUGAAUCAUCUCUGCAUCUCGGUCAAAUGGCUUUGUGAUGGACAGGAAGACUGCAAAACCGGGGAAGAUGAGGCCAACUGCAGCCCUGCCAACACCGCCAUGACAGCUCGGCCGACGGCUUGCGGUCAGAAUGAGUAUGUGUGUGUUGGAGGAGGCUGUGUUUUGGCUGCUCAGCGCUGCGAUGGACAGAACGACUGCGCAGACGGGUCAGAUGAGGUGGACUGUCUCAGCGAGUGUAAAGAGGACGAGUUUCUGUGUCGUAAUCGAGCUCACUGUGUUCCUGCGCGCUGGAGGUGCGACAGAGUCUUUGAUUGCCUCGAUCAGAGUGAUGAGGACAACUGUGACCACGGGUCUCUGUCAUGUCGUGCAGAUGAGUUUGUGUGUAAUAAUACACUGUGUAAGCUGCUGGUUUGGCUCUGUGAUGGUGAGGAUGACUGUGGAGACAACUCUGACGAAGAUGCGCACAUGUGCGAAAAGCUGCCAUGUCCCCCGAACCGUCCAUUCCGCUGCAGAAAUGACCGAGUGUGUUUGCGAUCUGAGCAGAUCUGCAACGGUGCCAAUGACUGUGGUGACAAUUCAGACGAAGACCACUGUGUGGAUGUGUUAAAGAAGCCCAGACCGUGUGGAAAGACUGAAUUCGCCUGUGCUAACCAUCACUGUAUAGCAGACGAGCUGCAGUGCGAUUUAUUUGACGAUUGUGAAGACGGUUCAGAUGAGCGAGACUGCAAGGCAUAUGUGGACGGAGCAUGUCGAGGACGGCCAGACUUGUGUGGAGAUGAUGCUUUCUGUAAUCAAACUAAAACUCCCUCUGUCUGCCAGUGCAAAGAAGGCUUUCAGAGGAACCAGAAGAGCAGGCAAUGUGAAGAGGUGAACGAGUGUCUGCUUUUCGGUAUGUGUUCUCAGUACUGCACCAACAGCAAGGGCUCAUACAGGUGCACCUGUGACCGCAACUUCAAGGAGAUCCAUGGCGAGUGCAUCACCAAAGGUCCAGAGGAUCAGGUCCUCUAUGUGGCGAAUGACACUGAAAUCCGCAGUUUUGUGUAUCCCUACAACCAAACUCACGGGCACACUCAGCUCGCCAAGAUCUCUGACAGUGCGCGUAUCAUCGGCUUGGACGCACUUUUCCACCAUCACAAGUUUGUUUGGGCCACUCAGUUUAAUCCUGGCGGGAUGUUUUACAAAGACCUGCAGGACAGGAGUCCAGACACAACAAACAGUGGCGUCAUAUGUCCAGAUUUUCGGAGGCCCAGAGACAUUUCAGCCGACUGGGUGACGGGAAACCUGUACUGGACGGAUCAUUCACGAAUGCACUGGUUCAGCUACUACACGGCACACUGGCGGAGACUUCGAUACUCCAUCAACGUGGGACAGCUAGGAGGCCCAAACUGCACACGUCUCAUCACCGAUAUCGACGGAGAGCCUUUCGCCAUCACCGUUAACCCUGUACGGGGGAUGGUGUAUUGGACCGUAAUCGGCGAUCACUCUCACAUUGAAGAGGCUGCUAUGGACGGGUCGAUGCGUCGUGUUUUGAUCGCGAGGAAUUUGCGGAGACCGACAGGACUCGCGAUUGAUUAUUACAAUCAGCGUCUGUACUGGGCUGACUCUGAACUCUCUCAGAUCGGGAGCGUGCGCUUCGAUGGCUCUGAUUCACUGGUGGCCAUCAGCAGUCGACACGGCAUCUCUCAGCCCUUCCGCAUCGACCUGUUUGAGGACUACAUCUACGGGGUGAGCAUGAAGCACGACGUCUUCAGGGUUCAUAAAUAUGGGAAACUGCCCACCGAGAGGCUCAGUCUGGGAGUGGAGAGAUCAUCCAGUGUCCUGGUUUUCCAUCGGUACAAACAGCAGGAAGUGUCGAACCCGUGCGCGCAGAUGAGUUGUGCGUUCCUAUGUCUCCUGAACCCCAGCGGGGCCAGGUGUGUGUGUCCUGAGGGGAAGAUUCUGCUCAACAGGACCUGCACAGACACCAACAUCUCAGGAGAUCUGUGUCGUCCCGCCUGUGAGAACGGAGGUCGGUGUAUCACUAAUGAACGAGGGGAAUCCCGCUGCUUCUGUUGGCCAAAUUACUCUGGUGAACGCUGUGAAAUCAGCCACUGUAAAGACUACUGUCUCAAUGGAGGAACCUGCACUGGAUCUCCACUAGGGAAAGCCACAUGUCGCUGUGCUCUGGGCUUUAGUGGUUCUCUGUGUGAACAGAGGUUGUGUGAUGGUUUCUGUCUGAACGGAGGCUCCUGUGAUGUGACUCUGGGAAAUCAGCCUGUGUGUCAGUGUCCAGCCGAGUACACCGGAGAGCGCUGUCAACACCAUAUUUGUCAUCAUUAUUGCGCGCAUUCUAAAGGCUGCACACUGUCCAGCUCGGGACAUGUGGAGUGUGUUUGUCCCACACGAUAUGAGGGCUCCAAAUGUGAGACGGACCGAUGUGUUCGCUGCCGAGGAGCUCCGUGUAUUGUAGAUGAAGAGACUGGAGACGUCGCCUGCAACUGUACGAAUGGCAGGAUCGCAGCCAGCUGUCAGCUGUGUGACGGAUACUGUUAUAACGGAGGAACCUGCCACCUCGACUCUGAAACCGGCCUGCCGUUCUGUCAUUGCUCAUCCGAGUUUAAAAGCCCGAGGUGUGACGAGAGAUCAAACCCUUGCGAUCACUACUGUCAGAACCAGGGUGUUUGUUCCCUCACCGCCUAUAACAAACCCCGUUGCAAGUGCUCUGGAAACUGGUCAGGAACGCAGUGCGAAAGACCUGCAACCAAGACCAACCGCUUGGAAAAUGUCAGCGGGAGAAGUAUUGCCAUAAUAGUGCCUCUAGUUCUUCUCGUAUGCAUCAUCACUGCUGUUACAGUGGGAAUCCUCAUUUGCAAAAGAUGUCGAAGAGGUAAGCAGGUUCAGCGGCAGCCCAUGGCCAAUGGAGGCUUGAACGUGGAGAUCGGGAAUCCGUCCUAUAACAUGUAUGAAGUUGAACACGACAAUCACGUAGACGUCGGAAGCUUUCUUCACCCCAGCUUCACUCUUGACCCUCACAAGGGCUGGUGUGUGAAGUCCAGCGAUCCGCGCAACUUGCCCCCCGCUCGCCCUUUGACAGCACACACUUUACCAAUCCAGAACGUUCCAAAGGAGCUGAUUCCAGGACAGGCAAUGAACUACUCCAACCCCAUCUACUCAAAGAUGUACCAUGAUGGACAACACUGUCGAAAGCCCAUCAUCAACCUCGACAUGAGACGCGAUUUACUCCCAAAGAGACUGGACACGACCAUUCGGGAAACGGCGGCAUAACCUAACUUUUCCACAACCUGCAUUGUUUUUGUUUUUGUUUGUUUGUUUUUUAUAGAAAGAUCUGUAUAAAAUGUAUUUAAAAAUACUUUUUUAUGUCCAGUCAGGUUGAAUCAUCACUAUGGAAGGCUGUUUUUGAUAAAUAAGUCAUUGAUAAAUAAGUCAAAAAGGCACAAUUGUAAAGUUUUUUUUUUUAAAUCUCACAAUUUCUUGCUGUUUUGAGAAAAGACGGAAGUGUAAGAUAGAAACGCGCAAUUGUGAAUUUGUAUCUCAUAAUUACGAGUUUAUCUUUCACUACAGAAUGCACUGAAUUUGUAUCUUGCAUUUGUGAAUUUAUAUUGUGAAAUUGUAAUUUGCGUAAUUAUUAUCGUAAUUACGAGAACAGUAAGAAUUGCAAUAAGAUAUAAAUAUAUCGCAAUCUGUAUCUCGCAGUUGUGAAUUUUCACUCUGAAUUGUGAGAUUUGAAAAGAUGUAAAUUCACAGUUUGUAAAUACAAAUACUUGACUCUGACUUUUUUCUCAGAAUUGCUCAUUUUUAUCUCACAGUUUACUGCAAGUUCUAGACCAGAGGUGGGCAAACCUGAUCCUCGAGGGCCGGUGUCCCUGCAGAGUUUUGCUCCAACACUAAUCAAACACACCUGAACAAACUAAUCACUGUCUCCAAGAUCGCUAGAAACUACAUCAGGUGUGUUUGAUUAGGGUUGGAGCAAAACUAUGCAGGACACUGGCCCUCCAGGAUCGAGUUUGCCCAAUCCUGUUCUAGACUGUAAGCAUCGCAAAGUAUAAACCACAGAGAUACAUAAACAAAUGUGAGAUACAAAUUCUUAAUUCAAGUUUGUAUAUCUUGCAAUUGCUAUUUCUUUUUUCUUAUAAUUGCAAGACAAACAUAAUUAAAGAUACAAAAGGAUACAAACUUCUACUAGAAGACAGUUCAAAUGUGAUAUAAACUCGGAAUUGUGAGAGAUAAAUUUGUCAUUUUAAAUCUUUCGUUAUAUAUUUUUUCGUCAUGAAUUGUAAAAUAAAUUCUUGCGAUUUCGAAUUUUAACUUCAAACUGCAAGGCACAAACUCAUUAUUAUAAUAAUAACAGGCUAAACUUUAAUAUGUAAACUCAGAAUUGUGAUAUUCGGAGACCUUGUAGACGUUUUUUCCAUAAUAACGAUUUUAUAGCUUACUUUUUUUUGUAUAUAAGCUCGCAAUAAAAGUCGAGUUCGCAAAUUCGUAUGCAAAAUUAAAAUAUUUCAGUAUUUUUUUUGUGGAAUAUAAACUCACAACUACAAAAGCAGUCAAAAUUGUUAAAGUAUUAACAUAUAAUUUAAAUUUCUCACAAUCUGUAUCUCGCGAUUACGAAUUUUGACUACUGAGAAGAGAAGUAAAUUCUCAGUUGCUACAUUUUUUCUCAGAAUUGCACGUUUAAGAUAAAAACUAAGAAUCGGAAGUUAUACAAACAAAUGUGAAAAACUCUUCAUUCAAGUUUAUAUCUUGCAAUUACGUUUUUUUACCUAUAAUUGCAACACGUAAACUCGGAAUUAUGAGCACAAUCUGAAAUGUGAUAUAAACUCAAAAUUCCAAGGGGUCAAUUUGUAAUUUAAAUUAUUUUCGCUAUUAAUUGUUAUAUAUAAAUACGCAAUGACAAAUUCGGUUUCUUCUCAGAAUAGUGAAUUUGUGUCUUGCAAUUGCCAAUUUUUACUCUGACUUAAACGCGUUAAUAUAACAACAGUCCGAAUCGUGAGAUAUAAACUCAGAUGUGGUAUACUAACUUACAAUUGUACCUUUUUAACGCACAGUUGUGUGUUUAUGUCUCACUAUAUAAUUUUUUACUCAAACUUGUGAGAUAUAAGCACGCAAUAAAAGUCAGAAUAGCGUGACAAAACUUACAUAAACAGCAUAAACAACCUUCCUUAAAUCUCACUUUGCGUCCCACAUAUAUGUGCCAAUUUUCGUUUAACGUUUUCUUGUUUUGUUUUUUUUCUGUCGCAACCAAAACGUCUUUUAUAAACGACCAAUGCAGUGUUUUGCUUUGUGACUUUGUAAAUGCACUACACAAACACGAUUAAACGAAACGAGAAUCAUUCAAAGCUGCUCAAUCUCAAAAGGCUUUAUAUACACAUAAAGACAUUUAAGGAGAAUUUUAUAUACAGUAGGUUUAUUUACGUACACACUAUGUAUAUGUUUUCCUGUUGGUGGUACGAUCGCCAAUGCCUAGAUAUUCCCAAGUUGCCUCUUACAUUUAGCCGUAUUAGGGGGAAAAAAAAGAGAAGAGACACUUAUUUAAUAAAUGCGUCAUAUGCUCAUCACAGAUUUUAUUUUUGAUAUUUCUCAUCGAUGUUUAUCUUUUAAGUUAACCAGACGCUUCAAAUAUGCAGUCAAAUACGAAAGUGAAACCAAACCAUGACGGUUGCAAACUGUACAACUUGAAAACAUUUCAUUUGCAUAUUGCAAACAUGUCUUUCAGCACUUAAAAGUACUAUAAAAAAAGGAUCUCAUGUCACACAAGACUCACUUUCACUCACGCGGGACUCUUGUAAUGCCAUGUUUGAUGAACAAAUGUAAAAAUCACAUUCUCUGUGCAAAUGUACACAACUAUAGGAGGAGGAAAAAAAAGGUUUUAUAAUUUUAUAGUUGAUUUGUAUGUCCGGUUUGCUUGUAUUUUCUGGAAAUGUAUUAAAUGUAGAACUUUUUUAUACAAAACGAUGUACACAAUAUAUUGGUCCGUCUUCACUUUGGGCUGAAACUGAAGUGUUUGUUUGUUUUUUUUAUUAUAAAACAAAACGAUCUUGCACUGCGCAAUCGUACAGGUUGCCGUUUUUGAAGGUGAAACGAAGGACAUUUGUCGUUUAAAUGCAUAUAAAUACACCUAAGGGGAUUUUGGACCAAGAACUAUGAAAUAAAAUGGAUUUUCUGGCCAUUUUAAACGUUUAGUUGUUAUUGAAAUGUUGUGUAACAUGCAAACAAUUGUUGUGUCAUGUCAUAUUCCUUGUUAA